AUGUCGCCAACAUACAUCGGGGCCCUUGGGGGCGUCGACUGGCUGGAGUCGCGGGACGACACGAGGCGGGUGCUGGCGAACUUCGACCACUUCAACAGGUCGGGGAGUGGCAUCUUCCAGUCGGAAACCAACCGCACCAUCAGCCGGCAGCGCUUCUUGAACGAGGUGACGUGGAACACCACCAGAUCAAUCAGGACGUCGACCAUCGUUCUAGCCUCCCUCAACAUCAUAGCCGCCUUCGCCACUGCCGUGGGGAUCUUGUGCGAUUCUUAUUUCAGGAAGAGGAGGAACGACAGGAAUUUCAGGUUCAGACGUAACGGCUUUACCUUCGUCCCUGAAGCCGAGGUCUACCCGCUUGUGCUCUCCGUUGGAAUUUUCAUUCAAAGCUUCAUCUUCGCUGGGGCCCAGUCUACCGGCCUGGACUCGCUCUUCGGUCCGGGCUGUACGUGGCUGGCGGAGCUUAUGCUGCCAGCUGUGUUCAUCGUUCCCUACACCCAGCUGGUUCUUGGAAUUGAUGUUGCCAUCAGAGCCCUCCGAAAGCAGCCGUUCGCACCCAGGGGCAAGUACAAUGUGCCGGUUUGCUUAUCUAUCAUUGGCUUGCUCCUUCUGGCCAACUUCCUUGUCGCCGACUUCGACCACUCUCCGAACUUCUGCUUGUCCUCGCUCUUUUGGUUUGUCUCGCACUAUUCGAUCGCUUGCUUCGCACUAUUCAUCGCCAUUACUGGCAUUAUCUUGGUUUGCGUCGUGAUAAUCUGCGUUAGACUGCACCGCAGCAUUAAGGUGGAGAUAACUGCCCGGGUGGCUGCGUCCAGGAUGGUGUACUAUCUGGCUCUUGCCGUCGUUUCAAAGGCGUUUUUAAUCCCGUUCUUCUUCGUCCAGGGUUUCAUGGACGGUCGGGGCCAAUUGUCCAACGCUCUCACUUUGGGCAUGAUCGCGGCGGUCGUGGCAAAUGUCUCCGGCCUGAUGACCGGUGGCCUUUACCUGUUUCUCAAGUCGAGCCCUGCGACCACCAUUGGACCCAGAGACAAAGCCGGCGAAUACGAAAACAGGCGGGCGUUCUAUAAGAUGGCACGUUACGAUUCGAACGAUUCGGAUGACAACGCCGGUGGCUCGGUUGGCCACAUGAACGACCAGGUGGCAGGAUCGCGGACCCUGCGCCGGGUGGACAGCGAGGUGACUUUGCUCAGCGGUGAGAACGAGGCGGAGGCGUCAGAUAGCAAGAGCACCAAGUCGGCCUCCACACACAACGGUCGACGAAGCCCUAACCCCGUUCGGUCAAGCAAAUUCACUUCCGCCGUGGCAUCCGUACUGAUGCCCAAGGCACCGGAACCUGCUCGCAUCCCUACGAUGCCGGCUGCAGGCCACCUGCGAAAGCGCUCAUACUCUCUGUUCCCGAGAAGCACUGUCGCCUCAAAAACAUCCAUGGUCCUUUUACCGGCGACUACGUAUUCACCUGCCGACGCCUUGAAGCCGCCACCUUCGAUGGCCAACCUCGCAAACAUGCGGCACCGGAGAGAUUCGUCCCUGGUGUCUUCGGCAACUGUUCAGAUCGGGAUUCGUCUAUCUUCGGUCGACGACAUCCCCCCGCUGGCCCAAGAUAGGACUGCCGCGAGCGACGAUGUCGCCCAUACUCUCGAUUGUCCCAGCGUCGUGAAGCCGGUUGGUCUGGAGAACCCCAAGCGCCCCGGGCCAUUGGACGCUUCCGCCGCCAUAUCCGUCCCUCCCCCGGAACCGGCGGACGCGACCUCAAAGCGCGACCCGGUCAAGGACGCGAAGAUGAAGACGCUGCCUCCGGUGCCAAAGAUCAACAGCCAGGUGCCCAAGGCUGAGCCACCGCCGCAGGAGGAGGUUACCCUCAGUCCGAGCGUCUACAGCCCGCAGACCCCGACCAAAGUCAAGCUACCGAGUCCAAAGGGCGUCGGCUUCAGCAUGCCGGUACCGAAGACAACAAAUGGCGUUCCCCCUCGAAGUCCACCGCGCCGCCGUGGCACGGGCGACGCGACACCGCCAUCGGCAGAUGCCAAAGGCGCCUGGAUCUAG